UGCAAAUGGUCCCUUUCCGAUUUGCCGAAUCCUCUUCUCCGUCCACCAACAACCAUCUGCUCUGCUGCAUUCUCAUUACGACACUUUUAACGAAUUCGUUAAUGCACCAGCAGACAAAUCGGGUGCAGGGUCAAACUUCUCUUUCUUUCUGGAUUCCAUUCGUCUCCGUGGCAGAAAAAACUUCGUAUUUACCUUCCUCUCCAAUGCAAUCAAGACCCAUUUCUUCAUCCAGUCUUCUCCGUUUAUCUUUUGUUGAUCACUGCCAUCAAUCCUCGUGCUUUCUAGUUUGUGUUCUGGAGGAGUUGGGUUCUGCUCUGCGCCCUCAGUUUGGCUUGUAAUCAAGAGUAGGAACAUCAUCAUCGCGGUGCGUCUUUUCAUCUCAGAGCUGUAAGACCCUGCCAGAAACUCUUGAUUCUUGCAUUUUGAUUCAUGGUUGAGAAUACAGAAUCGUUGGUUUGGUUGGGCACAGAGUAAAGAAUCCCCCUUUAUGGGUUAGAAAUUGCCAUUAUGGAGGGUUUGUGGAUUGUCUCUGUUACUGCUUUUCUUCUGUAAUGAGUUCCUUGAGUGCAUCAUGAACAUAUUGAAAGGAGGAAGGUGGUUGUAUCAAUUUUGUGACGCUUGGUUAAUUCACACUUUACAUGGUUUAUUUAGCUUCAUUUUUACUUGUCCUUGCACAGACUCGGAUUCGUAUCUCUUGAUAGUAGCUCCUAUGCUAUUCCUAAUUCAUUGUCUACAGUACACACACGUCUAUCAUUAUAAGCAACUUGAGUUCUUAGCUAAGUUCUUACCUGCAACACAAAUGAUAAUCCUACAAGUAAGCUACACAAGCACAAUCCACCUCCAGAAACCUACACAAUAUUUUUGUUUACCAAACUACCACAAGAAUUGGUCAGUAAAUUAAGCAGUAAUCACUCUGUGUGGCCCUGUGGGUAUUAAUUAAAUAUAUUCUGGAAAUUUUUAUAUAAAGCAAUUACCAUGAGAAGUGGCCCUCAUCGAGCAGCAGACGUUCAAGUUAAACUAUAUUGAGGAGCUUCUGCUUCUCGUGACAAUUCUCAAUGUUUAGAGAACCUCUUACUUCUGCAUUACAAGUUUAGUGAGUGGGUAGAAGGUUGGUUCCUUUGUUUGCUGAUCUGUUUUGCAGCCUUUGAUUUGGGUAGAAGGUCUACUCGUCCUUUUUUUAGGAGAUAGUUGGGCUACUUUCAAUCCUGCAUUAUUAUUUUUUUCCCGGUAAUUAUCCUGCAUUAUUCUUCAAUGUAAAAUUUCAAAUUUGUGAUCAUACUAUCCAGUAAAGAAAUGUGGCUCUGGGAAUACGGAAAGAUUGAGUAAAAAUGUUAACUGUGUGAGCAGGAUCCUCAAAACAGACUACUUGACACCCCAUCAUGAGUGCCGCAGAUACAACUGAGCCAAGUUAUUGGUUGAACUGGAGAUUCGCCAUCUGUGCAGCUUUCAUUGCAGUUGCUAUUUCUCUGUCAGGUUUUCUAAUAUGGAAGAAUGAAGGUUCCAAGGAAUCGGAUUCUGAGUGUGAGUCUGAAUCCGUGAGAAUAGAAAGUACUCCACCCAGAGUUGGGUCCUUGUAUGCGGAUGAAGCUUGGAAAACAUGUCUCAAGACGGUUCAUCCUGUUUGGUUGCUGGGUUUUAGGAUAAUUGCUUUCAUAGUAAUGUUCGGGCUACUUGCAGCAAAUACUGUCAGGGAUGGAGGAGGCAUUUUCUACUUCUAUACUCAGUGGACAUUCACUUUGGUGACCAUCUAUUUUGUGCUUGGAUUAGCAAUGUCCAUUUACGGAUGCUGCAAACAUUGUGAUGCUUCGGGCAGGGUUGCUGGGGAACGCUUUGAUGCUGAGAGAGGAACUUACAUGGCGCCCACCCUUGUGGAAAUCGGAGACUCAUCCAACCAUAUAAAAGGUUCAGCUGUCCAUCGAGAACCUUUCACUGAGAAAAAGCAAACUGCAGGUGCAUGGGGCUAUAUCAUCCAAAUCAUCUUUCAGACUUGUGCAGGUGCUGUAGUGCUCACCGAUUGUGUAUUCUGGUUCAUCCUUUAUCCAUUUCUAAUGGCUGCAGAUUUCAGGCUUGAGUUUAUAAAUGCCUGCAUGCAUUCAGUGAAUGCAGUUUGCCUGCUUGGUGACACCGUGCUGAAUGGCAUGCGGUUCCCCAUGUUUCGAAUGGCGUAUUUCAUCUUGUGGACGAGCAUUUUCGUGAUUUUCCAGUGGAUUAUCCAUGCAUUUGUGUCGAUGUGGUGGCCAUAUCCAUUCCUUGACUUAUCAUCUAAAUAUGCUCCCUUGUGGUACCUGGGAGUGGGAGUUAUGCAUAUUCCUUGUUAUGGCUUCUUCGCUCUGAUAGUUAGGUUGAAAUAUUUUUGGUUGGCAAGAUCGUUCCCUGAUUCAUGCCAUGUCUUCAGGUGAAAAACAUGGCACUUGCUCUAGUAGCAGCAAGCUGGAAGAAAUUAGUUUAUGUGCC